AUGAAGCAGACAAUCGAUUCUUCGCUGGCCGGCCAAGGCCUCGCCGAUGAGCAGCGCGGUCUGCUAGACCUCAUCGACAAGCUCCAGUUCGCGCAGCUCGACAAUGUCAAACUUCCCCAGAUCGUCGUCGUCGGUGAUCAGUCUGCUGGCAAGAGUUCAGUCCUAGAAGCCCUGAGUGGCACGCCAUUUCCCAGAGAUGCAGGCGCCUGCACACGCUUCGCGACCGAGAUCCGUCUUCGUCGUUCCAAGGAGGCGGCCCUCAAGGUUUCCAUCAUUCCCGACAAGAUGCGGGCCUUCAACGACCAGCAGCGCCUUCUACAGUAUGGCGGAAACGUCACCGGCGACGUACCCUUCGACACGUUGAUGAGGCAGGCUACAGAUCUCAUUGCGCCCAAGGAGAUUCCUGGUCGCUUUGCCGCUCGUGAUAUCCUCGUGGUAGAGAAGUCCGGCCCUGACAUGCCACUCCUCACUCUCGUCGAUCUUCCUGGCCUCGUACGUGUCGCCAACAGGGACCAGUCCGACGCCGAUAUCCAGACGAUUGAUGCUCUCUCUGACCGCUACAUGAAGAGCUCGCGCACUAUCAUUUUGGCUGUCGUCGGUGGAAACAACGACUAUGUCCAAGCCCCUAUUCUCAAGAAGGCUCGACAUUUUGACCCCACGGGUUCGCGAACGAUUGGUGUGUUGACCAAGCCUGACAUGACUGAGCGUAUUGGCCUUGAGGAGAAAUUUAUCGAGCUCAUUACCAACAAGGACCCGGAAAAUCACUUCAAAUUGGGCUGGUAUGUCCUUCUCAAUCCAGGACCCGGAGAACCUUGGUAUACGCCAGAGGACCGUCUUCGACGUGAAGCCGAGUUCUUCACCCGCGGUAAAUGGGCUUCUUUGCCACCUCAGAUGUGGGGUAUUGAUGCGCUCAAGCAAAAGCUCAGCUCUCAGCUCCAGAGACACAUUGGCAAGCACGUCAAGUCUCUACGACGCCAGGUUCAGAAGUCUCUCGAGAACUGCGAUGCUCAGCUAAAGGCCAUGGGAUCCGGCAAGGAUACUGUGGAGGAGAUGCGGUUCGAAAUGGGCGAACUCUUCACAGCAUCCAACAACCUCGUCACACCCGCUGUUAACGGCAACUAUAAGAACCCAUUUGGCGAGAAGUUCUUUGCUAGGCACUCUGACCCCAAGGGAACGCCCUCGCAAAAGCUGCGUGCCCGCACGCGCGAAGAGAGCGACCGCUUCGCACGCCGCUUCCGCCAAUACGGACGCAAGGUCAACUUUUCCGAGGGCUUUGAUGACGCAUCAGGUGAUCUGAGCAAGAAGGCCUUUGCCCAGAAUGAGGUGGAGCCACUGUUGCGCCAGAUCCGUGGCAACGAACUACCUCUCGACUCCAACCCCCGCGCCCCGUAUAUUCUUUUCCAAGAUUACUCGCAAAACUGGUCCGUUCUGGGCCAGGAGUACAAGGACAACCUAGGCGUCAUCUGCAACGAAUUCCUGGCCGAUGUUAUCGACCAUGUCUGGCCUAUGCGUAUGCGCGAUCCCCUCCGCCUGCACUUCUUGGAGCUCAAGAUGAAGGAGUGCAUGGAGAACGCAAGUCAAGAACUCGGACGUCUGGUUGACGAUAUGGAGCUUGAGGUGCAGCCCUUUGACCCCGAGUACGAAGAUCGCCUUCGCAAGUGGCGCGCAGCAGCAACCGAGAAUGGCGGCACUUACACAGAGGCUGAGGAGGUGUUGGAGAAGAUGCUCAUCUACUACGACUUGACGGCACGCCUUUUUGUACGCAACGUCGUUACUCAAGUCGUCGAGCGCCACCUUCUCCUCGGAAUGCUACGGCUAUUCAAUCCCAUCGAGAUUCUACGCAUGCCCGACUCCACAAUCGAGGCCAUUGCCGCUGAGAACAAGGCCACGCGCGACCGUCGCCUUGCGCUCAAGGAGCAAAGGGACGCCAUUGUCGAAGCCCGCAACAUCUGUGCCAGUCUGGCCAUGCGCAGCGAGCUUAGGGUAUACGAUGACGAUGAUGGAGAAUACCCCGAUACCGAUGACGAGCAAUUGCCGUCUACUCUAUCCACGCAGCAGCAACGGCCUUCGUCCUAUCAGUACCAGCAGUCCCAGCCGAAGCAGGUGCAUCGCCGCCCCAGCCCCAUCAACGUGACGCACAACUCGCUUGCUGCCGCUUCUCCAACCACCAAUGGUACUGACCACCGCAGCAACUCGUCCCAGAAUUGGGAUCACGCAAGUUAUAUGGCUGCCCCUGAGCAGCACCAAGGUGCACCAACCCAGGCUCCUCCUCCUCCCCCGCCUCGCCCUCAGAAGGUGGGCAUCGAGGAGGCCGAACGCUUUUAUGACAAUGCGCCCCGGACCGAGACGGCUCAUGGUCGCAACAAGGACAGCGCGCGACAGAGGCUGGCUAACGCUAUGAAGUUGGGCGCGCAGCAGCAGCAAUCCGUAUAA